AUGUCCAGCAACGAGGCCGAACAGCCCCAGGCGGCGGCUGCAUCAACGGAGCAGUCCGUUGCGGCCCAGCCUGAGCUGCCUCCUCUCACGCCGGCCGAGUUCAAAGUGUACAACCAGAUGGCCGACAAGAUGGAAUACUUUCACAGCCAUUUCCGGCGCCAAUGGACCCUGCUCUACGACGCCGCCACCACCGGCCGGCGCCCGCAGAACAUGACGCUCAAGCAGUUCAUCAACACGGGCCUGCAGUUCGCACAGCACCUGACGGGGCACCACAGCAUCGAGGAGACGUACGUGUUCCCCAUGCUCGCGCGCCGGAUGCCCGAGUUCCGCGCCGGCCGCGCCGAGCUGCUGCGCCAGCACAAGGAGAUCCACAAGGGGCUCGACGGCUUCGAGGACUACCUCCACCGCUGCCGCUCCGGCGAGACGGAGCUCGAGCUCGGCGUCCUCAAGGAGAAGAUGGACACCUGGGGCGGCGUGCUGUGGAAGCACCUCGACCAGGAGGUCGUGACGCUCGGGGCCGAGAACAUGAGGCGGUACUGGACGAUGGAGGAGGUGAGGAACAUGCCCAUGUGA